AUGCCGCCAGCAGGGAGAGGAGGCUAUCGCCAACAGCGCGACGACCGGGACGACCGGGAUGAUGACGCCCGGGACGACCAGGAGCCCGAAGAAGAAGAGAGGACCCUGCCCCGAAAGGGGGACCUGGAAAAGGACGAGGCAAAGCUGCAGAUCGUGGUAAAGGACGUGGGGAGCAGCCGGAACGUCGGCCCCAGUACCAGCCUUCUACUCGCCAGCAAGACCAGCGCCAGCAGGAUAGGCGGACCGAACGGCGAGCAGAACCAGAUCAAGAUCGCAGUCGUGACAGAGACUGGGAUCAGGAUGAUCGUCGGCCCGCAGGCGGCCGUACCCGAACCCAGGCUGACAACUGGGAUGGAGGUGGAUGGAUUGAUUACUCACGGAAGUGGGAGGAUUGGCGCUCCCACAAUGCGGAUCGACGCCCUGAGAGACGACGGGAUGAUCGCCCACGAGCUGACAGAGAAGAUGCUCCCCCUCGCAGGGUUGAGCAGCAACGGGAUACUCGAGAAGAAGCUCCCCGAAGGAGGGUUGAUCGGCAGAGGGAGACACAAGAUGAUGCUCCCCAUCGCACGGUCGAGCGCCGCGAGACCAGAACACAGGGACGUCCACCGACCCCUCCUCGCAGUCCCCCGAAACGAGGUCAACGGUGGGAGGCCGACGACCGGCCCCCAGCUACGGAGAGCAGCCUUCCCGCCACCUUGCCGCGUGGCCCGCCCCAGAAAGGCUCAAGUAGCCAAACAAGAGGAGCGCUGGCAGCUACUUCGGGACAAUCUCAGGAAGCUGAGACAGAACGGGGCUACGGAACACAUGGAAUCCUUCUUCGGCCGAGGCCACUACGGAAAAAAGCACGACUCUUUUCACAAAGAAGUGAAAUUACCUUCUUAUGGGAACUGGAACUGGGCAAGCUUUGCCCACUUGCUCUGUGGAGAGCUCUACGGGACCCAGGAGACCUCAAAAGAGGGGACCUACGGAGCAGCCAUCGAGGGCUGGGUCGGGACAGUCCAUGCUGAAGAGGACCCCGAAUUCAGAGCCAUGUAUACCUGGAUCGUGGAAUCCAUGGACACAUGGGUCGAUCUCUUAAGUGAGAUCCCCAGCCAGAUGCAUGACAUCAUGGGUUGGAAGAUUACGGAACCGGAGGUGGAUCGGCUCCUACGGCACUUCUAUCCGGGUGCCUGGCACCAACAAGAGGUCCCGUCAUCCUCCUCGCAUCAGGACAGGGAAGUGAUACAUUCGACCCCUGCACAGAACGUCGAUCAUCAGAACAACGGCGAUGACUACUACUAUGAAGAUGACGACGAGGAAGACGAAGAAGAAGAGGAGGAUCAGUACUGGGGCAGAGCGGGUGCGGAUCAGGACGACACCCGACAGGGCUAUGUCAAGGAUGAGUACGACCCCGCAAGCCUGGAAGCCCUUGGCAUCUAUGAGGAGGUGCCGGAAACACCGGCCCCCGAAACAGGACCGGCCCACAGCACACUGACCGAGCCGUCGGGCAGCCUGGAGCAGGCCCCCACCUUCACCCCGUACUCCUUCGCAUUCCCGCCGACAAGGCUCAGCCACAAAAGAGACGAGACACUGUCGAAGCGGUUGAGUAAAGUCUUACGGCACGACAAGGGCGAGUUCGGCUUGACCUUCCACAAGAAUGCUACGGCAUCGUUGGAGUCAAUCACCAGGUUGGAUAUAUUCGCCCAAGUAGGGGCGACGAUAGAGGAAUUGGCAGUGAUCUACUGGAACAAAAAACAGCGGUUUCGCAUCUUGUAUGCCCGCGAGAAUGGCGUCUCCCGCAUUGUUGCGGGAGCGGUACAGGGCCACAGCCGUGAAGUGGACCCGGAGGCAGUGCAUGAUCGGGUCGACCCCAAGGAGGUCCCCUACCUACUCCACGCCACCCACUAUGAAUUCUACAAGAAGAUCUACAAUGAAGGUCUCCACCCCGGCGGGGGUGGAGGAAGCUCCUGGCGACAGCAACUUCACCUUUUACCCGAUGAGAAGGGCAGCGAGAAGUACUUUCCCACUCGCACUGACAUUGUGCUGCAUGUGACGCCGAGUUCGGCCACAGAAAGCGUGUACUACCGCUCCCAGAACGGGUACUAUCUCACGUCUGACCCCAUCGCCCCAAAGUUCAUUCAGGCCGUGACAAUUCGUGAGAGCGGGGAAAGGGUAGAGUCAACAGAUGACUCCCCUCCACUCCCAUCUGUGGUGCUACAGGCCUACCUACGGCCACAUCUAGGAAAGGCAGGCCAGCAAAUGGCCCCGGACAAUUCGAACUCUGAGCAAGACCUAGACAAGACUCUCACCAUCAACCUCCUGGCGAAGGAAUUUCCGGAUGUGGAUAGUGAUUGUGACGACAUUCUGGAAUGGCGGGACGAUCCGACGGGUCGCACUGCCCCCACAGAGGACGAUAUGCAUCACGACCUCGCUGCUACGCUCCCCAUGGAGCUUCCCUCGGAUUACCGAAUGGAAGACGACGUUGGUCUCUACAUGCAUACGGUCUCAGAUGCGCCGGCUGCUUCAGGCAUCACCACGAAUGAGUUAAAGGAGUACUUGGCAACGGCGCAGUCCGAUGUUAUCUGUCUCCAAGUCGCCCGCUCACUCACGGGCAUCCCCCUUCGAGCAACACUCAUUGUGGCAGGGGACUUCCAGGCGGAAGUUAGCCCGGAGGCCCUCGACCCGGACGCACUGGGGAUGUUCAUGGAAUCAAAUGGGCUCGUUGCCCUCAACACCUGGCAUGGCGCUGCCAAGCCUACCCAGUUCAAUCAGGCUCCCCAAAACCAGGUGGGUACGAGCCAAAUAGAUUACAUCAUGACACGCACGGUCACUGCGGAUCCGCGAGCAAAAUUCGUGAAAGUGGCGAAACCGCCAAUUGGCACGUGGCGCCUUCACAUAGGCCAUUACAGCCUUGCUACUGAUAUCCGCAUCAUGAACCAUUACCUGCUUCCCACCCGUCGUCCGGCACAACCGGCAUACAAUAAAAAAGAGCUUGAUGAAGCCGUUCGCAAGGGUACGGAACAGGCCAGGGCACUGGAACUUGAAAUCAAGACAAGGGUUGAGCUCCUCCCACAGGACUCCCCUCACCUCAACCAGGCUAUCAUGCAGGCUACGGUUCGCUAUCGCAUGGCAGCCAAGAAGGCACAAAAACAAUGCUAUGCUGACAAGCGACAGGCCACGCUUGACCUCUUAGGCCAAGCUGAAGCAGCAGCCACAAGUGGAGACCAAAGGAAGGUAUACCAAGUCGUCAAGCAGCUCGCACCAUGGGCCCCUCGGAAUAGGGUAAUGCUCAAGGAUGAUCAAGGCACGCUGCUCACCCAAAAGCAAGAGCACGACUCACUGGUCAGCUACAGCAGGGGCCUCUUCGCUCCUCCACAAGAACAGCCCCGUAGAGAGGGUGUCAUACUCCCCCUCAUCUUCACACUGGAGGAGGUCUACGGCCAACUUCGAAUAACUAGUGUAGGCAAAGCGGCUACAGUUCUGGCGGCCCUCAUCAAGGAGCGGCUUUACGCCGUCAUACGGAGACUGGGUGCCCCGGACGACCUGAUAGCUGCGGUGAUAGCACUACAUGAUACGUCGUCGUACCACCUCCAAGACGACUUCUACGAAACGAAAGUGACGUCCAUCAACUGGCGGCUCUUCUUGCACAGGUGCUCAAAGUCAUGGCUGAGCUUGGACUCCAUGUGA